CCCUUUCUUUCUUUCUUUCUCUCCUUCUCGCUCUCUUGUCUUUUCUUUGCCUCUGCAGCGGCCAAGGGGGCGGGCCCUGCAGCCUUUGUUGCCCGCGGACCGAGCGCAGCCGAACGGAGUCGGGGCCGGGUCGCCGGGAGCUGCACGCCGGCCGGGCAUGUCCUGAGCCGGACCUGGGACCAGGCGGCGACCGGACGGGACGGACGAGAGCGUGCGCGCGGGGUCACCCGGCGGCCGCCCGGUCCCUGCCAUGCCCGGCUGCCCCAGUCUCCGCAGCCCUGCGCCGUUGCUGCGCCCCCUCCUCCUGCUCCUCUGCGCUCUGGCUCCCGGCGCCCCCGGACCCGCACCAGCAGGACGUGCAACCGAGGGCCGGGCGGCACUGGACAUCGUACACCCGGUUCGAGUCGACGCGGGGGGCUCCUUCCUGUCCUACGAGCUGUGGCCCCGCGCACUGCGCAAGCGGGAUGUGUCUGUGCGCCGAGACGCGCCCGCCUUCUACGAGCUACAAUACCGCGGGCGCGAGCUGCGCUUCAACCUGACCGCCAAUCAGCACCUGCUGGCGCCCGGCUUUGUGAGCGAGACGCGGCGGCGCGGCGGCCUGGGCCGCGCGCACAUCCGGGCCCACACCCCGGCCUGCCACCUGCUUGGCGAGGUGCAGGACCCUGAGCUCGAGGGUGGCCUGGCGGCCAUCAGCGCCUGCGAUGGCCUGAAAGGUGUGUUCCAGCUCUCCAACGAGGACUACUUCAUUGAGCCCCUGGACAGUGCCCCGGCCCGGCCUGGCCAUGCCCAGCCCCAUGUGGUGUACAAGCGUCAGGCCCCGGAGAGGCUGGCACAGCGGGGUGAUUCCAGUGCUCCACGCACCUGUGGAGUGCAAGUGUACCCGGAGCUGGAGCCUCGACGGGAGCGUUGGGAGCAGCGGCAGCAGUGGCGGCGGCCACGGCUGAGGCGUCUACACCAGCGGUCCAUCAGCAAAGAGAAGUGGGUGGAAACCCUGGUGGUAGCUGAUGCCAAAAUGGUGGAGUACCACGGACAGCCGCAGGUUGAGAGCUAUGUGCUGACCAUUAUGAACAUGGUGGCUGGCCUGUUUCAUGACCCCAGCAUUGGGAACCCCAUCCACAUCACCAUUGUGCGCCUGGUCCUGCUGGAAGAUGAGGAGGAGGACCUAAAGAUCACGCACCAUGCAGACAACACCCUGAAGAGCUUCUGCAAGUGGCAGAAAAGCAUCAACAUGAAGGGGGACGCCCACCCCCUGCACCAUGACACCGCCAUCCUGCUCACCAGGAAGGACCUGUGUGCAGCCAUGAACCGGCCCUGUGAGACCCUGGGCCUGUCCCACGUGGCGGGCAUGUGCCAGCCGCACCGCAGCUGCAGCAUCAACGAGGACACGGGCCUGCCGCUGGCCUUCACUGUAGCCCACGAGCUCGGGCACAGUUUUGGCAUUCAGCAUGACGGAAGCGGCAAUGACUGUGAGCCCGUUGGGAAACGGCCUUUCAUCAUGUCUCCACAGCUCCUGUACGACGCUGCUCCCCUCACCUGGUCCCGCUGCAGCCGCCAGUACAUCACCAGGUUCCUUGACCGUGGGUGGGGCCUGUGCCUGGAUGACCCUCCUGCCAAGGACAUCAUCGACUUCCCCUCGGUGCCGCCUGGCGUCCUCUAUGAUGUGAGCCACCAGUGCCGCCUCCAGUACGGGGCUUACUCUGCCUUCUGCGAGGACAUGGAUAAUGUCUGCCACACACUCUGGUGCUCUGUGGGGACCACCUGUCACUCCAAGCUGGAUGCAGCCGUGGACGGCACCCGGUGUGGGGAGAAUAAGUGGUGUCUCAAUGGGGAGUGCGUACCCGUGGGCUUCCGGCCCGAGGCUGUGGAUGGUGGCUGGUCCGGCUGGAGCGCCUGGUCUGUCUGCUCGCGGAGCUGUGGCGUGGGCGUACAGAGCGCCGAGCGGCAGUGCACGCAGCCUACGCCCAAAUACAAAGGCAGAUACUGUGUGGGUGAGCGGAAGCGCUUCCGCCUCUGCAACCUGCAGGCCUGCCCUGCUGGCCACCCCUCCUUCCGCCACGUCCAGUGCAGCCACUUUGACGCUAUGCUCUACAAGGGCCAGCUGCACACAUGGGUGCCCGUGGUCAAUGACGUGAACCCUUGCGAGCUGCACUGCCGGCCCGCGAAUGAGUACUUUGCCGAGAAGCUGCGGGACGCCGUGGUCGAUGGCACCCCCUGCUACCAGGUCCGGGCCAGCCGGGACCUCUGCAUCAACGGCAUCUGUAAGAACGUGGGCUGUGACUUCGAGAUUGACUCCGGCGCUAUGGAGGACCGCUGUGGCGUGUGCCACGGCAACGGCUCCACCUGCCACACCGUGAGCGGGACCUUCGAGGAGGCCGAGGGCCUGGGGUAUGUGGACGUGGGACUGAUCCCAGCCGGCGCACGCGAGAUCCGCAUCCAGGAGGUGGCCGAGGCUGCCAACUUCCUGGCACUGCGGAGCGAGGACCCGGAGAAGUACUUCCUCAAUGGUGGCUGGACCAUCCAGUGGAACGGGGACUACCAGGUGGCAGGGACCACCUUCACAUACGCACGCAGGGGCAACUGGGAGAACCUCACGUCCCCGGGUCCCACCAAGGAGCCUGUCUGGAUCCAGCUGCUGUUCCAGGAGAGCAACCCCGGGGUACACUAUGAGUACACCAUCCACCGGGAGGCAGGUGGCCACGGCGAGGUCCCACCGCCCGAGUUCUCCUGGCACUAUGGGCCCUGGACCAAGUGCACAGUCACCUGCGGCAGAGGUGAGAAGUGGGACAGGCACAGCCCCACCAGCAGGGGCUUCGUCUCUGGACAGGGACACUGGCUUCAGCUCCCAGCUCACUGCUGGGCCACCACAGGUGUGCAGAGGCAGAGUGUGUACUGCUCGGAGCGGCAGGCAGGGCCCGUGGACGAGGAGCACUGUGACCCCCUGGGCCGGCCUGAUGACCAACAGAGGAAGUGCAGCGAGCAGCCCUGCCCUGCCAGGUGGUGGGCAGGUGAGUGGCAGCUGUGCUCCAGCUCCUGCGGGCCUGGGGGCCUCUCCCGCCGGGCGGUGCUCUGCAUCCGCAGCGUGGGGCUGGAUGAGCAGAGCGCCCUGGAGCUACCCGCCUGUGAACACCUUCCCCGGCCCCCUACUGAAACCCCUUGCAACCGCCAUGUGCCCUGUCCGGCCACCUGGGCUGUGGGGAACUGGUCUCAGUGCUCAGUGACGUGUGGGGAGGGCACUCAGCACCGAAAUGUCCUCUGCAUCAAUGACACUGGUGUCCCCUGUGACGAGGCCCAGCAGCCAGCCAGCGAAGUCACCUGCUCUCUGCCACUCUGUCGGUGGCCCCUGGGCACACUGGGCCCUGAAGGCUCAGGCAGCGGCUCGUCUAGCCACGAGCUCUUCAACGAGGCUGACUUCAUCCCGCGCCACCUGGCCCCACGCCCUUCACCCGCCUCAUCACCCAAGCCAGGCACCAUGGGCAACGCCAUUGAGGAGGAGGCCCCAGAGCUGGACCUGCCGGGGCCCGUGUUUGUGGACGACUUCUACUACGACUACAAUUUCAUCAACUUCCACGAGGAUCUGUCCUAUGGGCCCUCUGAGGAACCCAAUCUAGACCUGGCGGGGACAGGGGAUCGGACAUCCCCACCACACAGCCGUCCUGCUGCGCCCUCCACGGGUAGCCCCGUGCCUGCCACAGAGCUUCCUGCAGCCAAGGAGGAGGGGGCACCGGGACCUUGGUCCCCUAGCCCUUGGCCCAGCCAGGCUGGCCGCUCCCCACCCCCACCCUCAGAGCAGACCCCUGGGAACCCUUUGAUCAAUUUCCUGCCUGAGGAAGACACCCCCAUAGGGGCCCCAGAUCUUGGGCUCCCCAGCCUGUCCUGGCCCAGGGUUUCCACUGAUGGCCUGCAGACACCUGCCGCCCCUGAGAGCCGAAAUGAUUUCCCAGUUGGCAAGGACAGCCAGAGCCAGCUGCCCCCUCCAUGGCGGGACAGGACCAAUGAGGUUUUCAAUGAUGAUGAGGAACCUGAGGGCCGCAGAGCACCCCACCUGCCCCCGAGACCCAGCCCCACGCUGCCCACUUUGUCCCCUGUUGGCAGCACCCACUCCUCUCCUAGUCCUGACGUGGCGGAGCUGUGGACAGGAGGGACAGUGGCCUGGGAGCCAGCUCUGGAGGGUGGCCUGGGGCCUGUGGACAGUGAACUGUGGCCCACUGUUGGGGUGGCUUCUCUCCCUCCUCCUCCCAUAGCCCCUCUGCCAGAGAUGAAGGGCAGGGACAGUCCCCUGGAGCCAGUAACUCCCACCUUCCCAACCCCAGGACCAGGCUCAUGGGACCUGCAGACUGUGGCAGUGUGGGGGACCUUCCUCCCCACAACCCUGACUGGCCUCGGGCACAUGCCUGAGCCUGCCCUGAACCCAGGACCCAAGGGCCAGCCUGAGUCCCUCAGCCCUGAGGUGCCCCUGAGCUCUAGGCUGCUGUCCACGCCAGCUUGGGACAGCCCCGCCAACAGCCACAGAGCCCCCGAGACCCAGCCACUGGCUCCCAGCCUGGCUGAAGUGGGGCCCCCUGCGGACCCGUUGAUUGUCAGGAACGCCAGCUGGCAAGUGGGAAACUGGAGCGAGUGCUCCACCACCUGUGGCCUGGGUGCCGUCUGGAGGCCGGUGCGCUGUAGCUCCGGCCGGGAUGAGGACUGCGCCCCCGCUGGCCGGCCCCAGCCUGCCCGCCGCUGCCACCUGCGGCCCUGUGCCACCUGGCACUCAGGCAACUGGAGUAAGUGCUCCCGCAGCUGUGGCGGAGGUUCCUCAGUGCGGGACGUGCAGUGUGUGGACACACGGGACCUCCGGCCGCUGCGGCCCUUCCAUUGUCAGCCCGGGCCUGCCAAGCCACCUGUGCAUCGGCCCUGUGGGGCCCAGCCCUGCCUCAGCUGGUACACAUCUUCCUGGAGGGAGUGCUCCGAGGCCUGUGGCGGUGGUGAGCAGCAGCGUCUGGUGACCUGCCCGGAGCCAGGCCUCUGCGAGGAGGCGCUGAGACCCAACACCACCCGGUCCUGCAACACCCACCCCUGCACGCAGUGGGUGGUGGGGCCCUGGGGCCAGUGCUCAGCCCCCUGUGGCGGUGGCGUCCAGCGGCGCCUGGUCAAGUGUGUCAACACCCAGACGGGGCUGCCCGAGGAAGACAGUGACCAGUGUGGCCACGAGGCCUGGCCUGAGAGCUCCCGGCCAUGUGGCACUGAGGAUUGUGAGCCCAUCGAGCCUCCCCGCUGUGAGCGGGACCGCCUGUCCUUCGGGUUCUGCGAGACGCUGCGCCUACUGGGCCGCUGCCAGCUGCCCACCGUCCGCACCCAGUGCUGCCGCUCGUGCUCUCCGCCCAGCCACGGCGCCCCCUCCCGAGGCCAUCAGCGGGUUGCCCGCCGCUGACUGCGCCAGGAUGCACCGACCGACCGACAGACCUCAGUGCCCACCACUGGCUGUGGCGGAGCUCCCGCCUCCUGCGCCCUAAUGGUGCUAACCCCCUCUCACUACCCAGCGGCAGGCUGGGGACCUCCUCCCCCUCAAAAAAGGUAUUUUUUUAUUCUAACAGUUAGUGUAACAUUUAUUAUGAUUUUACAUAAAUGAGCAUCUACCAUUCCAAA